AUGUCGGAUACUGGUAACAAUUCCAACGUAGAAGUUGAGAACAGAAAGGCUCAGCCUGUUCCAGAGUUUAGGCUUCCGAGAAAGUUUUUAGACUGUUCACGAACUCAUUUGGUGGUGCUUAUAUCACGAAUGUUGUCGUCGUUAAUACGACUUAAUGAUGCAUAUACUGAAUCAAAUACAUUACAAUUAACCAGAUUUCAUUCCAGGGUUCCGCCUUCAAUAUCAGUUUAUGAUUAUCUGAUAAGACUUACGAAAUACUCCUCCCUAGAGCAUUGCGUGCUUUUAGCCUCUGUUUAUUACAUUGAUUUGCUUUCUAGUGUUUUCCCAGAAUUCAGGUUAGACAGCCUUACAGUUCAUCGUUUCCUUCUAACAGCCACUACUGUGGCCAGUAAAGGUCUCUGUGAUUCUUUUUGCACCAAUACACAUUAUGCAAAGGUCGGUGGUGUUCAGUGUAAUGAAUUAAAUGUUCUUGAGAAUGAGUUCCUGACGAGGGUAAAUUAUAGGAUACUCCCCAGAGACGAAAAUAUUAAGCGAUGUAGUAGGGAGCACCAGGAAGGCACUUUUUCCUUUGCGAAUAUUCCUGCUGAUGCAGAACAAGAUCAAAAAAGCGAGGAAAAUCGAUUUGAUGUAUUGGAGAAUUACUACCACAGGAUGAUUCAUCUCAUCGGAAACCUGGAUGCAUCACCAGAUAAGAGCUAUGAUUUGAAUUUCACUUUAGAAGAACCCGAACUGGUUAUAGACCCCAUUACAUUUACUCUCAACAAAGCUAAUGACAACAAUAACAGCAGCUAUUACAGUAAUAAUUAUAGCAAUAAUACUGAUAAUGGUGGUAAUAUAAGGAAUAUUAAUAAUGAUAAUGAUGACAAACGCCUAACUUUAGACACAAAAGAUAGAAAUCCUGCUAUUUCUGAAGCAGAUAUAUCUCCUCAGACUUCAAAGAAAAGAAACUACUCAGACUCUAACCCGAAUUGUAUUGGUCUAUGUAACCAAAUACCAAUCACAAAAAAGCGCUCCAAUGGGCAAACCAAACACCCUUCUCCAAGUGAGAUUGUAUAA